CAAAAUUGUUGAGUGGUGUGGCUGGGAGAGUUUCUCGUGUCGUCUAAAAUAAACCGCCCUAUCGCUCUCUAUAUAAACUUCACCCACCGCACUUUCGUAUUCUUCUACCUUUCGCAUUCACCGCCAAUACAUCGCAACAAGUUUCUGUGCCCCGAGUGGUUGAUUACACCAAAAGGACUUUGUUUGUUACAAGUUACAGAGACCAACUUUCAUGUCUGAAUUCGACACUAACAUCUCAACUGCUUUUGAUCCCUUUGCUGAGGCAAAUGCUGACGACUCAGGUGCUGGGGCAAAAGAGUAUGUUCAUGUGCGUAUACAACAACGUAACGGAAGGAAAAGCCUGACAACUGUUCAAGGAUUAAAGAAAGAAUUCAGCUAUACUAAGAUACUCAAAGACCUGAAGAAAGAAUUCUGCUGUAAUGGUACUGUUGUACAGGACCCUGAGUUAGGCCAGGUCAUACAGCUUCAGGGAGAUCAAAGAAAGAACGUUUCAACUUUUCUUGUCCAAGCGGGCAUAGUAAAGAAGGAGCAUAUCAAGAUUCAUGGUUUCUAAGGCAAGGCCUAAGCAGCAAUUGGCAGGCAAUUCAGCUUCAGGCUCCAAUUAAUAUCACUAUAUAUAGCUUAUAAUAGUCUGCUAUAUUAUAGUUUAGAACACCAUAUAAUAGUUUCUACCGUUGUGGAUGUUUAUUUGCUGGGUUAUGUAGCAGAAUUAUAUGUAUGCUUCUAAGACAACUGUCUUCGAUAAAUUUGUUAUUUAUUUUGACAUAUUGAAUGGCUGUUAUGGAUUUAUGGGAACUUACCUGUUUGG